UAUUUAAGACAUCAGUUUUUGGGCGUUCGGAUUAGUCUGCUAAUUUUAUCAGGUGGUAAGCUCUGUGCCAGCUGAAUAUUUGCUGUAGCCCCCUCCAUUUCGGCUUCAAAUUGCUGAAAGAUAAAUAGAUUGAAAGUCUAUUUUCAUUGAAAUUCGUUUAUUUGAGUAAGCAAGCGAUUAAAACCAGAAACCAUGGACAUAGAUUCAGAUAUCAGUGUAAAACGCACUUAUCGUCGUUAUGAGGUGUACAGGGGUCAGUCUCCAACUAGUCAAAGCAGGACUGAGAUUGUAAAGACUCGACAUAUUGGAUUCGAUCAGAGUGAAAUAGACAGAGCAGAAGCACGGUUUCGGUUAAGAAUCAGGGAGCUGGAAGAUGCUUUAGACUCCGAGAGGGACAGCAGGAUCAGAUUCGAGAAACUCGCAGCGGAACAUGUUAUUCUUAUUGAUUCAUUGAACGAACGUCUCGAAGAAGCUGGUUUAACUUCCAUCUCACAGAGUGAACUCACCCGCAAGAAGGACAGUGAGGUGAACAAACUCCGAAAAGACCUUGACCUUGCUAUUACUCAACAUGAGAGCACUGAACAAAGUCUUAGGAAGCGCCAUCAAGAGACAAUCAACGAUCUGUCUGAACAGAAUGAUUACCUCACAAAACAGAAAAACAGAAUCGAUAAAGAAAAGUCACAACUUCUUAUUGAAAUUGAUGGAUUGCAGACCACUUUAGAUUCAGUUUCGAAGGCCAGGGUAAGGAUAUACUUUGCAUUUAUAUAUCUAUGUAUUCCUGUAUUAUUACUGUAUUGCUAUAUUGAAUUCUUCCUCUUACAGCAACGUAGCAACUUGAGCGCCCAGCUUGCUGCUCUGCAGUUAGACUUCGACAACUUGAACGCCCGUUACGAAGAAGAGUCUGAAAGUAACACCACUCUUCGUAACCAACUGAGCAGAAUCAAUGCCGAAUAUAGUGCCCUUAAGACCCGAUUCGACAAGGAACUUUUGGCCAAGACUGAAGAAUUGGAAGAUCUCAAACGAAGAAUGAACCUCAAAGUCAGUGAAUUGGAAGAUCUACUUGAACAAUCCCGCGUUCGUAUCAACAACUUGGAAAAGACUAAGAUUAAACUCACCACAGAAAUCAAGGAACUCACCAUUGAAAUUGAGAAUAUCCAGAUCAUUGUUCAGGAACUCACCAAGAAGAACCGUCAACUCGAAAACGAAAAUGCUUCAUUGGGCAAACGUGUUGAAGAAUUGCAAGCUGAGAACGCCAACUUGUUGUCUGCUAACCGCAACUUGGAACAGGAGAAUCAUCGUCUCAAGGUUUCUAACGCUGAACUCGGAGAGAGAGUUGAUAACCUCACCAGAGAGAACAAACAGCUUACUGACAACCUCCGUGAAACCGUAAACGCAUUGAAAGAUGCUAACCGUCAACUUGCUGAACUCCAGGCCCUCCGCGCUCAAUUGGAAGCCGAACGUGAUUCCCUUACCAUUGCUCUCCGUGACACCGAAGAAAGCUUGCGUGAUGCCGAAAACAAACUGCAAGCCGCCACCACCGCUCUCAACCAACUCCGUAGUGAGAUGGAGAACAGACUCCGUGAAAAGGAUGAAGAAAUUGAAAGCAUCAGGAAGAGCAGCGCUCGUGCCAUUGAAGAGCUUCAACGCACUUUGGUGGAGGUCGAGACCAGAUACAAGAGCGAACUCAACAGACUCAAGAAGAAAUACGAAACCGACAUCAGAGAAUUGGAGUCCGCUUUGGAUGUUGCCACCAGGCAGAACGCUGAACACGUCAAAGUCAUCAAAACUCUGCACAUCAGGAUUAAGGAAAUCGAAACCCGUCUUGAGGAAGAACAUCGUAUCAGCGAAGACCUCCGUUCCAGCUUGUCUGUAUCUGAAAGGAAACGCAUUAGCCUUCAAACCGAACUUGAAGAUUGCCGUUCUCUUCUUGAAACUGCUGAACGUUCUCGCAAGAAUGCUGAAAAUGAAUUGCACGAAACCACUGCACGCUUAUCCGAAUGCCAACUUCUCAUCACUUCCCUUACAAACGACAAGAGGCGCUUGGAAGGUGACAUCCAAGGUAUGCAAGCCGAAUUGGAUGAAGCUAUCAACAACAUGCGUGCUGCCAACGAUCGUGCUGACAGGCUAGCCGUCGAAGUCAACCGUCUUGCUGAUGAACUCAAACAGGAACAAGAGAACUACAAGAAUGCUGAAAGCCUUCGCAAGGCUCUUGAAAUCGAAGUCAGAGAAAUUACUAUUAGACUGGAAGAGGCUGAGGCUUUCGCCCAGAGGGAAGGAAAGAGAAUGGUUGCCAAAUUGCAAGCACGUGUCAGAGACUUAGAAGCUGAACUGGAAGUGGAACAACGCCGAUCAAGGGAAGUCAUUGCUUCUUAUCGCAAGGUUGACCGCCAGUUCAAGGAAUUGUCCACAGCUAUUGAAGAUGACCGAAGAGUUAUUGCUGAAUUGACCAGCGCCAACGACCAGCUCUUACUCAAAGUGAAAGCCUACAAACGCCAAUUGGAAGAGGCUGAGGAUGUUACCACAAUUACCUUGAACAAAUACCGCAAGGCUCAGCAAUUAGUGGAUGAUGCUGAACACAGAGCAGAUUUGGCUGAGAAGAAUCUUUCUGCGGUACGAAGGUCUCGUUCGAUGUCCGUUUCAAGGGAGAUAACCAGAGUCGUGAGGAUAUAAGCAGAUGCUGAGUGACCCGGAAGCCAGCCAACCACCGCCGACGAUGCCGUCUCAAAAGAGUGUCCCACUUCUUUCCUGCACAUCCCACCAGAUCUUCCAAGUUUUACAUGUCGGUUUUCAGGGUACCACUUCACUUCUUGCCACCAAAAAAUAUCAUCUGCAAAAGGGACAUUUAUUUUUCUAACGUUCUUUUAUAAUUUAUAAAUCUGCAUUUCAAAGCAAAUUUUUUUUAUAUAAGAAAAAUUUUCCCUAAUUGCUGCGUGAUUACCACUGCAUGUGUAAAAUAAAAGAAAAAAAAAA